AUACACAUGGGGGGCUUGUCCAAUUAUGAAUGAACUGAUUAAAUACGCGAAGAGUGUACAUUGAAAUCUGCAUCAUACAGCACUGCAGCAUUUCCUCAUAUUUUUCCUGUGCCUUUUUAAAUGAUCAUUUGUGUUACUUUUUGCCCCAGGCAGGUUACCUGAAAGUUCUGAGCUGAUUUGCUAUCACAGACUUGGCUCAGAAAUUCCUUCUGAUUGCAGAGUUAUUUUCCCAGAAGCGAUGUUUUUUUUUCUCUAACAUUCCUCAUAAGUGUGAGGUAGUGGUCCAGAGUAGGUUACGAUACAUCAUGUCCACAGACAAGGCUGUGUGAACAUAUGGAUGAGGGGUGGGAUUUAGCUCCUCCUUUCUGCUCAUAACUUCUCCUUACUCAAACUACCAAUGUCAUUCCAGCCAAAUCUAACAAUCUAGAACACAUCAAAUCCACAGGAAUUUUUAUUUUAUUUUUAUUAAGGCACAACUUUGCAUGUGGGGUUUUUAGCCAUCUUUUCACAUCUUGAAGAAGCCUGAUUUUUACACUGAGACAUGUAUUACCCAGAUCCCAUUACAAAAUAUUUUCAAUAAAACAUCAGCAUUAAGAGUAAUAAAAGCAGAACAAGCGGAAAAAAUCGGACACAAUGAAGAUAUUAUUACACUUCAGGAUUUUCACACUCACAGCUCUUUUGACAAAAUGGACAGCACUGGGCCAGUUAGAAGACUGCAGAUCUGCCGAGGCAGCAGACAUUGUAUUCCUGAUAGAUGAAUCGUGGACUGUUGGACAGGAAAACUUCCAGAUUAUUAAAGACUUUAUAAGGAGUAUGAUUACUUCAUUUCAGAAUACAGAGGUACUUGGGAGAGAAGGAAUACGUUUUGGAGUUGCUGUUUAUGGAGAUUCAACAAGGGUGAGCAUUGAACUGUCAGAUUAUGAAACCAUGCAAGACGUGUUACUGGCUCUCCAAAACAUUGUAUAUAAUGGAGGUAACACUAAGACUGGAGAAGCACUUGAUUAUUUAGCAAACAAGGUGUUUAAUCCAUCCAUUUCCAGAGAAGAUGUACCCAAGAUUGUUGUGCUGUUAACUGAUGGAAAAUCAGGUGAUGCAGUAGAAGAGAAAGCCCAAGGAUUGCAAGACAGGGGAGUCACAAUAUUUGCUAUAGGAAUAAAAAAUGCAGACAGAAAUGAACUGAUAAAAAUUGCAUCAGGACCUAUUGAAGAACAUGUCAUCAUAGUAAGAGACUACUGGUCCCUAUUUGAUAUACUGCCCAGGAUCUCAAGAAGAGUUUGCUUUACUGCAUCUGAACCUCCAAGACCUAUCAAGCAGAUAAUUGAAAAUGAAAAAAUUGUUGGUCCGAGAGAUCUGAUUGUGAGUGAACAAAGUUACAGUUCUAUAAGAGUUACAUGGAGCCCUGCCACAGGGGAUGUUACUGGGUACCAAGUUGUCUUGAAUUCUCUCACACCAUCAGGGCGCCUCAAUACAAACGACGAGAAACAAAUAAUGUUGGACAAAGACAAACACACGGUGCUGGUGAUGGAUCUUAAGCCAACCACUGAAUAUUUAUUCACUGUACUUGCCAUAUACCCCAAUGUCAUUGGAGAUUCAGCCACAGUUAAGGGAAAAACAACUGCUGUGCCUCCUGUAACCAAUUUCCGAGUCAUAGAAGAGGGUCUUUUUGGUUUAAAAGUAGCCUGGACUCCCCCUUUGGGAAAACUGGAAGGCUACAAAAUCUAUAUCCCACGAUCCAACAGGCCUGGAUUUACAUAUGAGCACAUUUUAAAAGGAGAUGUUUUCUCACACACGAUUGAUAAUUUGGAAGAAGACAAAGAAUACACUGUCAGUAUCUAUGCAGUAUAUCCACAAGGUCCAAGUGAGCCUGUAUCUUCAAUGGGACGUACAUUAAAGCUGGUUCCUGUAAAAAGCUUGACAUUGCAGAACAUCACAACUGGAACGAUUCAGGCUUACUGGACUACGGUGCGAGGAGCUACUGGAUAUCGUCUUACUUGGUCAUCUGCAGAGGGAUAUGACCAAAAUAUUAACCUGGCAGAUAGCUAUACUCAGUAUAUGAUUCAAGGGCUGCGUAUAGACAUGGAAUAUACUGUAACUAUCAAUCCCAUCUUUGUAGACGUUGAAGGCCCUGUUCUUGCUGCUAAAGCAACAACCUUGGCCUCAAGUUCAGUUGAAAGUCUUAAAGUGAGCACGGUAUCCAUCAAUACAGCAGUUGUCACAUGGAAUGCAGUCCCUGGUGCUACUGGAUAUAGGAUAGCAUAUGGCCCCACACCAGAGUUUUUUGGCAGAGAUCGUCCACGCCAGCUUGCACUGAACAGUACACUUACAUCUUUUGAGCUGAAGAACCUGGCACACAACACAGAGUAUGUAAUCUCAUUAUAUGUGCUCUUUGGUUCUGCUGUGGGACCAGGCAUCUCCACCACUGCCAGAACAUCACCUCUCGGAUAUGUAUCUAACUUCAAAGUGACUGGGUACACUAGUUCUUCCAUAUCACUGGCGUGGAGCACAACCACUGGAGCCACUGAAUAUAAAGUAUCCUGGAACCCUGCAUCAUCAGACUCCCCUAAAAGCCAGUAUCUGGAACCCUCAAUAAGGUCAUAUCACUUAACAAACCUACAUCCAAACACCAGGUAUAUAGUGAAUGUGCAGGCAGUGUACAGCAACACCGAAGGGCCUCCUGCCACCCUCAUUCAAAACACAGACUCCAGUUCUGUUAAGCUGCUUCCAGUUAAGGACCUGCAGGUAAUUGACACUGGAGUUAACACUCUCAAGCUGUCCUGGAAGAAAACACCCGGAAUAACUCAUUAUAAAAUAUCAUGGGUUCCGUUCGAUGGUGGCGCUAGAAACUCAAGGAUUGUCUCCGCAGAUGCUUCAUUUUUCACUAUACCUGAUCUAAAGGAAAGUGCCACUUAUAAUAUCUACGUGUCAUCAAUUAUUGGAAACAGAGAGGGAAGUCCUGUUCUUCUCACAGCAAAAACAUUGAUUCUACCCAAAGUAGACUUUUUUGAAGUUAAAGAAACCACUGGGGACACUGCAUUACUGAGCUGGACUGGAGUCACUGGGGCAACAUCUUAUCUUUUAUCAUGGAGACUUUCUUCCCAAGCAGAUUCGUCUAUGGAGCAGUUGACUGGAUCUUACAGGUCUUAUAGACUAGGCGGAUUGCAGUAUGGAAAAACAUAUGUUUUUGCAAUAAAACCACUCUUUGGAGAGAUGGAAGGUCCUGAAAGAGUAAUAACCAAAACCAUGUCUGAACCAGUGAGAAAGCCUGUUCCUUCUACUGUUCAUGGACAUAGACUGACAACAACAAAUGAAAGGACAACAACAGUGAGACCUAUUGUGAAUCCACGGCCAAGCCCCCCACCAGAGACUGCCAAAUUUACCAGUUCUGCUGCUAGAGGAACGACAGCUUUUAUUUCUGAGCCAAUUUGUGCAAAGCUGAAAGCUGACAUAGUAUUUCUUGUGGAUGAGUCUUCCAGUAUUGGACCAAGCAAUUUUAUCAAAGUCAAGGACUUUUUGUAUAGAAUAGUUUCAUAUUUUCCAAAGAUCGGACCCCAAGGAGCACAGAUUGCUAUUGUUCAAUACAGUGAAGAACCGAGAACAGAAUUUCAUUUGAAUGAAAACAAGGACAGAAAUUCUAUUUUGAAGGCCAUACGAAGCAUGCAGUAUUUUGGAGGCAAUACCAAGACAGGACGAGGUAUUGGGCAUGUUCUGAAGGAGCUCUUCCAGGUGUCUAAAGGAAUGAGGCCAUCUUCUCCUCAUUUGAUUUUGUUGAUAACAGAUGGAAGAUCGCAGGAUAAUGUUAUGCAGCCAUCCAGAGUGGCUCAUGCCUUAGGGAUCCGUAUGAUUGCUGUGGGUGUGGGUGCUGCGGACAUGGAUGAGCUGAGAAGUAUCAUGAUGCACCGUAAUCUGGAUGAUUUAUUCUUUGUCAGCACAUUUGAUGACUUCCCUCUAAUCGUACAAGAGCUGAUAGAAACAAUUUGUUCUGAGAACAAAGCAACAGUGAAAACACAAGCUGAAGAGGAUGUUAACCCAGAGCCAGAAAGAUCAGAGACACUUCCAGAGGAACCAGUGGGACCUUGCUCAUCUUCGUGUCCUAAAGGUCUAAAGGGAGAAAAGGGUGAAACAGGACCCCCAGGACAAUCUACAUUCACAGGUUUACAGACUGGCGGCUUUGAUCUCCUUAACAUAAAUUCCAAAGGAGAGAAAGGAGAACGGGGUUUGCCUGGGCAAGAUGGUGUUCCUGGCCUUCCAGGGCGCCCUGGUCGAACGGGUCCCCCAGGUCCUCCCGGCCUAAUGGGUCAUAAGGGCUUUCAAGGUGACAGGGGUCUUCAAGGGUAUCCAGGAUCAUCUGGACCAAAAGGAGACAGAGGAGAGCCAGGCUAUGUGCUUGGGGCAGUUGAUGGACUGGCUGGUCUUGGUGGUAUUCCUGGAUCACCCGGUGCAAAGGGUUAUCCUGGGACUCCUGGCCUUCCUGGUCCUCCUGGCAUUCCAGGAUUUCCAGGUCCCCUAGGUCCUCCAGGACUCUCUAUCAAGGGUGAACCAGGUGAAACAGGCACUCAAGGCCCCCGUGGAAAGAUUGGAUCAAAGGGAGAUAAAGGAGAUGAGGGAGAGUCUGGCAGACCUGGCUUACCUGGUCCAAUAGGCCUUGAUGGCUCUCCUGGAUUUCAAGGAGCAAAAGGAGAAAAGGGAGAAGCAGGGAUUGGUUACCCAGGAGUACCAGGUUUGAAAGGAAUGCAAGGAGAUAAGGGAGCCAUGGGACCUAUUGGACCACCUGGACCAAAGGGUGUACAAGGCUUGCAAGGGAUUGAAGGACAAGCUGGUUUAAGGGGCAAAAAGGGACAAGAUGGUGAAAAAGGUGAAAAGGGAGAGCGUGGCGAUAUAGGUCCUAUUGGACCUGCAGGAAGAGCUGGGUUUCCAGGUCCAACUGGGCUUAAAGGUGACCAGGGCAUUCAAGGUUUUCCAGGAGCUCCAGCAAUGGGGGUAGUUGGACCUACUGGCAAGAAGGGUGCUAGAGGUGACAUUGGACCCGUUGGACCCCAAGGUUCUAAAGGAAUCAAAGGAGAUGAAGGAAAUAAAGGAAACAAGGGAGAACCAGGCUAUGGGAUCCCUGGCCAGGCAGGGCCAAAGGGAGAUCCUGGUGAAAGAGGAAACAUUGGAUUAUCUGGAAAACCAGGCCCAAAAGGAGAAGAUGGUGACAGGGGACAAAAGGGUGAGCCUGGAACAAGUUUGACCUUGCCUGGAAUAAGAGGUAAAGAUGGUGAGCAAGGCAUAAAAGGAGAUCCAGGAGAGAUGGGUGAACCUGGAAUGAAGGGAGAGGUUGGAGAAAAAGGACAACGGGGUACAACAGGACUGCCUGGCCGUAUUGGUGAUUCAGGACAAAAAGGAGACAUGGGACUUUCAGGCAGAGAUGGCAUCGAUGGUAAAAAAGGAAAUAAAGGAGAUUCUGGCCAACCAGGACCCCCAGGAAGUUCAAUUACAUCAAUCGACAAGAACCUGCUUGCCAAAGGAGAAAAGGGAGAUCCUGGAGUAGCAGGCGAUUCAGGGGAGGGGGGUCCUAAAGGUGACAAGGGAGACCCUGGACCACCAGGACUGAUAGGUCCAGAGGGUCGCCCAGGACCUCCAGGCAGUGCUGCGUUGGAAUCCACUCCAGAAAAAGGAAUGAAGGGGGAAAAAGGAAGCACAGGGUCACCUGGAAAAAAUGGCAUGGAUGGCAAGGAUGGAAUUUCUGGAACACCUGGGCAAAAGGGAGAGAUUGCACAGAAAGGUGAAAAAGGAGAUAGUGGAACAUCUGUUGAAACAGUGAUAAAGGGUGAGCGGGGAGAUGUAGGGCCAAUGGGACCCCCAGGCCCUCCAGGACCUCAGGUAACCCCUGGAAAAAGCUUUGAAAUGAAGGAUCUGGAAAUUUUGUUUGAAUCAUAUGGUAUAAAGCUGAGCCUUCUGAAGGAAUUAACAGACUAUCUCAUACAUCAUGGAACAGCAGAUUUGUUUCAGCAUCUCUCAAACAGCAAAAAGGAUCGAAACAUAAAGAAAAAGCAGGUUUUAAAACCCACAACUAAUAAUAGCCCCAAAAAACAUGAAAUUUCAAAUGAAACUGAUGAGGAGGAUUUAAAUUCUCAUUCAGCCUUGGAAAGUAUUUCCAGUCUAGAGGGGACUCAGACACAGUCUUCCUCUCAGGAUGUAAAUAAAAACAAAAAAGAGCAGAAGAAGAGAAAGAAACUUCUAGUGGAGGCUGUGCCUGUUGAUGUUUUUACAAAUGUGGUCACUGAGGAGCAAGAGGAAAACACAGAGGACCAUCAACUUCAGCUAACUAAUCAGGAGAGUGAGACAUUUGCACUGCCUACUCAGAUACCCAGCACUGAAGAUGUCAAUAAAUUCUUAACAGUAACCCAUUCCAUUACACAUGCACAGCCUGAAAGGUCCACAAGAAAACAGGAAAAGGAGUCUAAGAAGGAUUACAAGAAAAAAGCCCGUCUAGAAAAAACAACAACUGAUGUAAAGAUGGGCAGCUCUACAACCAGUGAGACUGUAGGAAGUGAAGUUGAUGUUACUGAUAACACUGAUAGAGUUAUCAGAAUAGCCAUGCUAACUACAACUGAGCCAUCUACUGUGGAUAUUUCAGAAGAGGCAGAAACAGGACUUGACCUUUCGAUUAACACACAUGCAGCACUGGAAGCACAGCAAGCAUUUUUUGGAAAGGAGUCUAAAAAGGAGCACAAAAAAAAAGCCCGUCUAGAAAAAACAACAACUGAUGUAAAGAUGGGCAGCUCUGCAAUCAGUGAGACUGUAGGAAGUGAAGCUGAUGUUACUGAUAACAUUGAUAGAUUUAUCAGAAUAGCCACACUAACUACAACUGAGCCAUCUACUGUGGAUAUUUCAGAAGAGGCAGAAACAGGACUUGACCUUUCUGUUAACACACGUGCAGCACCGGAAGCACAGCAAGUAUUUUUUGGAAAGGAGAUGAUCACCGAGGAACAUUCAGAUUCUCCAGAAACUAAGCAGAGCCACGUUAAUUCAACAUACAAUGUGAAAAACAUUCGCGUAAGAAGAAUGGUGGAUGAGGAUUACGAGCGUGUGUCUUACCCAGGGACGCAGGGAGGAAAGAGAAAAAAGAAACUAUAUUCAAUGGAAGAAGAGCAAACUUUGGAAUCCUCCAAACGAGAUAAGGAAGGAAAAAGGCGCUCAGGACCCCAGAGAGACAAAGCACAAAAGGGUGAACCAGGGGAACCUGGAGAUCCUGGAAUUCAUGGACAGAAGGGGGAAAAAGGAGAAAUUGGUGAAAACGGACAAAAGGGUGAACCUGGUGUUGGCCACAGAGGACCAGUAGGACAAGCUGGACCUCCUGGUUUUAAGGGUGAACCAGGAGAACGAGGGCCUCAGGGAGUACAAGGUAUCCAAGGGAUUCAAGGAAAUCCUGGUAUUUCUGGAUCUAUGGGUGAAAGAGGAGAACCAGGAAUGCGUGGGCCCCCUGGACCUCCUGGAGAAAGAGGAAAAAGGGGGAAAAAUGGCAUCCCUGGAACUCAGGGAACUCCUGGACUUGCUGGUAAAGAGGGAAUGCAAGGGCCGCCAGGUAUAAAGGGUGAGAAGGGUGAAGGAGUUGUGGGUGAGCCUGGUCCCAGAGGUCCUCGUGGUUUCCCAGGUCUCAGAGGGGAACAUGGAAUUCCAGGAUUAAAAGGCCCAGCAGGUAUAAUGAGCCCUAAAGGAUUUCCAGGUGUGAAAGGUGAAAGAGGUGAUCGAGGAGUGACUGGUUACAAGGGAGAAAAGGGUGACCCGAUGACAAUAUUUGGAACUCCAGGCUACAAAGGAAGUAAAGGAGAGCUGGGUGACAGAGGCCACCCUGGCUUUGAUGGAGAUAAAGGAGAAAAGGGAGAAGAUGGACCACCUGGAGAAAAAGGCGUGAAAGGUGAAGCAGGCUCCAAAGGAUCUAUGGGACUAUUUGGAGCACGUGGCCCUGUAGGACAAAAGGGUGAACCUGGGGAACCUGGACUUCUUGGAGAUGCAGGUACAGCAGGUCUUGAUGGGCUCAAUGGACAUAAAGGAUCUAAGGGUGACAGAGGGUUACAAGGACAAAAGGGAGAUCCGGGAGAAAAGGGAGACCCUGGAUUACCAGGAGACAUGGGUCAGAAAGGAGAAAAGGGAAUGCAAGGAUACCCUGGCAAAACAGGUGAACCUGGCUUAAAAGGUGCAAAGGGUGAAAUUGGAGGACAAGGAGUUCCUGGUCUACCUGGUUCUCUAGGCCCAUCAGGGCUAAAGGGGGAAAAUGGAGAGAAAGGAAUUGAUGGUCUCAGUGGAGAUCAAGGAGAUAAAGGUGAUAAGGGUAAUAAAGGAUCAUUUGGACUAAGUGGUUUCAGAGGGCCAAUUGGACAACCAGGACAAUUGGGUGCCCCUGGAGCUCAGGGACCUGAAGGACCAAGAGGAGAUCCAGGGCAAAAGGGUAAAAUAGGAAAGAGAGGAAAGUCUUUGCCUUGUCCCAGGGCAGAGCCAGGAUCACCUGGAACAAAAGGAGAAAUGGGACAAGAUGGGCUUGAGGGCUUCAAAGGUGAAAAGGGUGAUCCUGGACUCUCAGAGGAAGAUGUGAAAGACCUGGUCAAAAACGAGUUGAUUGACAAGUGUGCGUGCACAGCUGUUUUGCAAACAACACCAGCAUCCCAACACAGAAUAAGUGAUCACAUCCAGCCUGGAAAAGAAUUCCAGCUGAUUGUGAAGUCCAUAGACCCUGAUGAAGAAUAUGAAGACUCUGAUCCAAUAGAAGAAGAGGUGACCGUGGCGCCUGUAUAUAGUGCAGCUGGAAAUACAGAGGAAAAUAUUUACCGUAAUGAGACAGCAGCUACCACAGAAUAUACAAGUACCACCUCAGAGCUGAAAUACAAAGACGGAAGUGAUAAGGAGCUAAUGGGACAGUUGCGCAGGAGGAAGCGGCAUGUUGGUGACCCCUGUCAGCUACCCAUGAAUGAAGGCUUUUGCUCAGAUUAUAUAUUACUUUGGUAUUACCAUUUAAAAGCUGAUGAUUGCCGACCAUUUGUUUACGGAGGAUGUGGAGGUAACCGUAAUCGAUUCAAAACCAGGCAGAAGUGUGAACAGAUGUGUAAAAAUAAAACAGAUCCUUCCCCAGAAAGGUGAUAAUGUCCCCAUAUCAUACACCACACAAAUCUAUCAGUAUGAACUGCUAAUAGAAGAUAAUGCAUUUUUCAUGCAUGUCAAAGUGAAGAUUUUGUUUUAUUAUUUCUGCUGAUUUCAACCAGUGUGGUUGUAUGUGUGUAGUGCUGGGGGUGGGGGCGGGGGGUGGGGGGGGGUUUGAAUAAGGAUUGCUAAGGUUAUAAAAGUCUGUGCACAAUAUGAAAGGAAUUGACACAAGAUUAGUGGAAGCACAGAAAAAACAGUAUUCUAUGUACAGUGCAGUACUAAGCACAAAGCAGCUGUAACCUGUGGUUGUUUACUACUUGCUUUAUAUUUUUGUAUGUUUUGAAUACAUGUGAUGAUAAUGCUACUGUAAAUUAUAUUGAAGCCAUGAAGAAAUUUCAUUAGUGACAAUGCAAUGUCACAGAACUGUAUAAGAAAAUUCCAGUCACGCUGUUUUUUAAUAAAUGUAUAACCCUCCUAA